CAGUAGUGUAUUCAUCGAUUUCCAGUCAAACCCUUUUAAUAUCACGUCAAAGAGACUGAGCCACAAUUGUGACAAUGAGCAGAGUUGACUUUAUCAGUGGAGCAACAACCUGGUGAAAUAUGCAUUAAAACACGGUGCUGAGGCAACAAUUAUGUCUGUUCUGUUAUGGAACUAUACUAGUAGUUCUAUUGAAUUGAUUACAAUAGUGUUCAUUGAUAAAAGUUAUUUUCAAUCAGUACAAUCCACUUUGCAGUACAUGUACUGUAAUUAAAAACAUAAGAGAGCUGUACGCCUACAAAUUGAUAUUAUGCUGUACUCGGCUACCAUACAGCAUAACCAUAUGAUAUAUAAAUAUGAGUGAUAUUACUGGAGUGUGACCAUUAACACAGAGAUAUUACCAGGAGCUUGUCUCCCAUUAUAUUCUGGUUAGGUUAUUGGUCAUAAUAAGUGAAGGAUGACAAAAACAGCAUGUGAUAUUAAGCACGCAUGACUGUGUUGGUUUGUUAAUUUAAGCAGCAUUCUUAAAAAAUAUAAAAAGGUGAAAGAUAACAUUUUUUAAUUUUUUUUUUUUUAUCUGACCUUCUUGUGACUUCAUGCAUUACUUCAAUAUGUUUAUUUACUUCAAAAAUAAAUGUCAACGAACGGGUCUCCGUUAUUUAAGCCAGACACAAACAUCCAGUAUGGCUCUGGGUCAGGGGGACGUGUGUGUUGAAGAGGUUCUAAAUCUCAUUACUGACAUCUGCUGUGUUCUUCUUUCUCCGAGGGUUAUAUUUAACAUUGUGAACUUCAGCAAGACCAAGAGCCUCUACAGAGAUGGGGAUGUCUCCAGUGGUGAAAUCAACCAGUCGACCAACAUGGCAAAGGCUUCCAGCAAAAAACGUGUACUACUACCGGUGUCCAGACUACCGGAAGAACUACGUCAUGUCCUUUGCCUUCUGCUUCGACAAGGAAGAUUACACGUACCAGUUCGCGUACUGCUACCCGUACACCUACUCACGCCUCCAGCACUAUCUGCACAGCCUGGAGAAGAGGAACCUGGACUAUUUCCAGAGGGAGCUGCUGGGACUCAGUGUGCAACAGCGACGGCUUGACCUCCUGACUGUAACGAGUCGAGCUAACCUGAGGCCUGGGGCUGAUAAGAAGGUGAUGUUCCUCACAGCUCGUGUCCACCCAGGGGAUUCUCCAGCUUCUUUUGUCUGCCAAGGUGUGAUUGACUUACUGGUGAGCCAGAAUCCAGUGGCCAGGGUCCUGAGGGACCACGUGGUGUUCAAGAUUGUGCCCAUGCUAAACCCGGACGGGGUCUAUCUGGGGAACUAUCGGUGUUCUCUGAUGGGCUUUGACCUGAACCGUCAUUGGCAGGACCCCUCCCCCUGGGCCCACCCCACCCUGCACGCUGUCAAGCAGCUGAUCGUUGGGAUGAAUGGCGACCCUAGGGUGAACCUGGAGUUCUACAUCGACGUGCACGCACACUCCACCAUGAUGUACAGCUUCAUGUACGGCAAUGUCUUCGAGGAAGAGGAACGAGUCCACAGACAGGCUGUCUUCCCCAGACUGGUCUGCCACAACGCUCCCGACUUCUCCUUCUCAAACACUUCCUUUAACCGCGAUGUUAUGAAUGCGGGAACUGGGCGUCGCUUCCUGGGCGGUCUCCUUGACGACACAUCCUACUGCUACACACUGGAGGUGUCCUUCUACAGUUACAUGGCAGGGGUCAACAGUGUGCCUGUCCCCUAUACUGAGGAGACCUGUAUCCUUCUACACAAUGGACAAACCCUGAACUGCCCUUUCACCUGGGCUUACUGUAUAUGUGAUAAAAUUAUGCUUGCUCCUUUUUGACAUUUAUGUUUCAGGCGCUCCCAAAAUAAUGUAAUAAAUCACUCCCUUUUAGAGUAUUUAUUACUGAGCUGACUCAGUUUGAAAAUUCAAGACAUUGGUUUAUUCUGCAAUGGCUUCCAGGGGCUUUGCUACUAAAUGCAAUCAUUUUCAAUGGAUUUCUUGUUUCUGACAAGCAGCUUACCAAGAUAUUGGUGUUUAAUUGGCCUUUGUGAUUUCUUCUAUAUGAAAUGGGUGUAAUGAAUGUAGGGUUCUUCAUUUUUCCCCUCAGGUAUGAGUUGGCUUAUAGACAACAUUUUGUGUACAGCCAUAAUGAGACGAGGUGAAAAGUCAUUAGGAGCUGUGUGAUCUUGUACAGUAUCGUGACGCAGGACAAUAUAGAAAUACGAGUCAUCUCGCGCAGGAAAUGCAGUGCUAUAGCUUGUGAUAUACAGUGAUUUCAGUAUAGCUGUGACUUCAGAUAGAGCUCUGUGUAGCAGCUCAGUAGCGUCUUUCAUUAGAAAAGGAGUACACCUCAGGAGUAAAUAGCUCUGCUGCUUUAACAGUUUUGUUUGCUUUCUAUUGAACAUUGAGAUAAACUAUAACCAUUUUCUAUAUAGUCCUCACAAACAAUCGUUUUGAGCUCAAUUCACAGUGAAAUGUAGAGGGCUGAGUCACAGCCUAGUCUUUAAUUUCCUGAUUCCAAAAUGUUCUGUGUCUAGUCAACCCCAUGCUGACUCCAUGCUAUGCAUUUUUCAUACAUGUGUUGAGCGAUCUAAUGCUGAAUAACUUUUUCGUAUUCACAGCUGCUGCUGUGUGAAUAUUUUUUUGAGAACAAGUUAUUGAGAGUAUUUGAACCUGGGGAUAUAGGGAGGUAAUUGCUUUGUGGUAGGACUUUACAGAGUAGGUUUAUCCAGCAGAAUUAAAAGAUUGAAAUACUGCAUGCCACUUAAAAGAAAAGAAAAAUAAAUAAGAGUUAUGAAGAUAUACAUUUUUUUUUUUUUAAAUAGCACAAUAUUUUCAAGAAUAGAGGGACCAAUGUUAAGGCUUUUCAUACUUUUUAAAGUAAGAAAAUGAUUAACUCUCCUUUAAAACUUAGUAUUGGAGCAACAGAGCUGAUAUCCCCUCCAAAAUAACUGAAAGAUUAAAAAUAUAAUGUUAAAUUGUACGUAAGUCUCCCACACCCUCACACGAGCACGGACAGUGACUCGCACAUGCUUAUGUGCUCACAAUGUAAAGCCAAAGUGCCCUCUAGUGUGAAUAAACAGGCAAAGUUUUCUUCUCUCUGCUGUGUGUCAGACUGUCAUGAGGGUAAACCAAGGCUUCAUAGCAUGUAUUAUCCUGUAAAAGUUUACCACAGUCAUUUUCCGUUUUUUACAUGCCCACCAUGAUUUGCCUUUUUUUUCUUUUUUUUUUUUAAUGCUUUACCAUACACCUCUGGUCUUUACAAUGUAUCCCUAUGCUUUACAUUAAAAGCUAUUUACAUUAAAAAAUAAUGUGAUAUCUUGUAACAGUUGUAAGUCACCCUGGAUAAAGGCGUCUGCUAAGAAAAUAAAUAAUAAUAAAUAAUAAUUACCGUGCCUCCACUGUGCGUCAUUACACUUCGCUGUGCUUUUACUCUGGGAAACUUUUAUAAGAGGAAAUGUAAUUAGGAAAUGAUUCACUGAAAUCGAUUCUCCCCAGCUUGAACAUUUAAAGUAGUUCUAACUUUCAUUUUCAUUUUUUUUAGUGCCUGAUCAAUGUAACAUUACCAGUAGCGUAAAGGUGAAGCUGUCGAAACUGUUCCUUUAAUUUUUAGACUGCUGCACCCGACACAUACUGUGAAGCUCUCAUGUAUACUGUAAAAUCAAUCGCUUUAUUGAUCAGUCACAAAUUAGAUGCAAAUGAAAAUUUAAAAAUAGCCUUUUUUUCUUCAUGACUUUAGUUUAACCCUAUGUAUCCAGUCACAACACUAUGAAUUGAAUGUAUUUGGUUUCCUUCCUAUCUUUCUUAAAUUUACAGACAGAAAUAAACAGACUAGGCACCCUAAAACCUUUAGCUAUUUUAUUUUCAUAACCUUGGACCACAAAUCUGUAUAAAGACCCGCUACUGUUCAGAUCA